AUGAGUCGUCCAAAUUCAUCAGUACCAGAACAACCUGGAUUGGAAGUUUUAUCUAGCCAUGGCAUAGAAGUCGUGCCCAGUAGCGGCCUCGAAGUUGCUCCUCACGACUCCGCAUUCGUAGAACAUCUAGCACCUGAAGUGGUAGUCUCCGACAAAUACUACGGCGCGGGAGAGUGGUAUGCUCCAAAAGCAUACUCCCCCAUUCCUCCAAAACAGGAGACCCCGGGACUUGAGUUGGCUGAGCAGAAGAAAAAGUCAAGACGUCGGCUUUACGUCUUGAUCGCAAUAAUAGUGGUUGUUUUAAUUGGUGCUAUUGUGGGUGGAGUCGUUGGAGGUCUUCAAAGUCGGAAUAAUAGUGGUGGAUCAACAAACGCCUCAUCGAAUAACUCAGUCUCUUCAUCGGCCCCAAAUGGCACGGUGACCUUGCAGUCUCUGAGACCAGAUUCGAAACUUAGCGUCUCGGGAUGGCGCGAAAACGAUGGAUUCACAAUACGCCUAUUUUAUCAGGACAGAAAAGAUAAUCUUCGGUUCUCGGAUUAUUCGACCGACGAAGGGAGCUGGUCAAGCUCCAGUAAGAUCGCAACGAAUGAUCCCAUGUCAGGCACUCCCAUGGGAGCCGCUGCGAUUAUGCAAAACGAUCCACCGCAAUACGAACUCUUUUUCUUAAAUUCCACGUCGUUGCUUAGUGGACAGAAUUUUCGGGACGGCAAUACCCCAGCCGCUGGUGUUUGGGAUAGCAUCGAUGAUUACCCAGUUACUGUCUCCAACACAUCGAGAAUGGCUAUGUAUUGGCCAUAUGCUGUGAUGCAGGACGAAGAUGACAGCUUGAGGCUCGUUACCUAUCUUGCUAGUUCCGAGGGAGGACCCUGGAAGAAUCAGUCACUGGGUAUAUCUGGACUAAAAAGUACUACGAUGGCUAUGAUUCCCCAAUCUUCAGCAUAUGCGUUUCCGUACACAGCAGGUAUCGUAUACCGAACGAGCGAUGGUAACUUGGCAGGCUACUCGGUGCAGUGGGAAGUGUCGGGGUUGGCGUGGGACAUUGGCACACCUAAUACACUACCAGACGAAACAGCCAUUGCAGCCUUCGCCGUGGCACGGGAAAGCGAUUCCAUCAACGCCACCAACACCUAUAUAGUAUACCAAAACACCAACAACGACAUAGAACUCCUCACCAACGUCAAUGCCACAUGGCAAGUCAGUCCCACCGUCUUAACGGGCGCAGACCCUGGGACCGACAUCGCGUGUCUCACCGAAGCACUCUGGGAGAACUUGAACGUUCUGUCGAGCCAGUACGACAUGAGCAGGUGUUAUUUCAUGUCGGGGGGCCAGAUACGGGAGGUUUUGUACAAUGGGACGGGGUGGGAGGAACUGGGGAAUAUACCAUUGACUUGA